GUUUCCAAAGUUGUGAACGAAGUGUAUCACAUGUACAACAGACACCAGCAUCCAUGUGUUGUUCUGAACAUAUGUGCGGACUCAGAGUCUGUUGACAUCAAUGUAACACCCAACAAAAGGCAAAUAUUUCUGCAAGAAGAAAAGCUUUUACUAGCAAUUCUAAAAACUUCAAUGAUGGGAAUGUUUGGAAGUGAAGUUAACAAACUUGUCCUCAGCCAGAAGCUGAUGGAUGUUGAAGGAAACGUUAAACCUGGGGUUCAAAAUGAGGCAGAAGCACCUGUCUUGGAAACGCGUCAUUCCUUCUCUCAGGAUCUGGGUGGAAAUGCCAAAAUAGCAAUGACCGUGGCCAGACUUCGGGAGUCAAAAUCAAG